UCUGCAGCGCAACACGGAUCCAGACACAAUUUACUUGAGCGUUACAAUGUAUCAUGUUUGCUGAAGGAAUCGCUGCGCGAAUAAUUGGCGUGAAACACCUCGGUUAGUUUGAAAGAUCGAGAUUUUUUCCCCCUCUCCCCGUUUUGAUACAUUUUCGCGGGAAGAGACGGAGCUUUGAGGGCGCUCCGUGUUUUCAAAGCCCGAAAUAGUCGGUGUCAGGAGGACUCUACUGUUGUGUUGAUGUCAUCCGCGGCAGAGCGGUAGCGACCUUCAAUUGCCCAGGCAAGACUCGGAGAAAGAAAGACUCGGUUGGUGGUGGGGUUUAUUUUUAUAUCCCCUGUCUAGUUUUCUUCGCCGGUAACGCUAGCAACGAGGAUGGGACUUUUGCUGCACGGUGUCCUGCUGUUAUCGGUUGCCACUCUCACCGCCGGUCUGGAUGUUCAGCCGGGACCGAAACCCCUCGGACAGUCGGUGCUCGUGAAGCGUUCAAGCGCCGAGGAGAAAGCUGCGAAAGUCGCAAAGCCAGCUCUGCCCGCAUGGCUGACCCCGACACCGCAUCACAAGAUCCGGAGGAGGAGCAUCGAGCCGGGCGACUCCUGCGAAGCUCUCCAGGGACACGACGCCAAGUUAGCAGACAACACCCACCGUUAUACCUUCAAUGACCUGAGUGGUUCCGUGUCGCUGGCCUGGGUUGGAGAUGGCACAGGGGUCAUCCUGGCAUUGACGACAUUUCAGGUGCCCUUCUUCAUGAUAAAACUUGGACAGUCCAAACUCUAUCGAAGUGAGAACUAUGGGAAGUCAUUCCAAGAUGUCACCAACCUCAUCAACAACACCUUUAUCAGAUCCGAGUUCGGCAUUGCUAUUGGCCCAGAGAACUCUGGCAAAGUGAUCCUGACAGGCGAUGUGUCCGGCGGUCACGGGUCACGGAUAUUUGUCUCUGAUGACUUUGGAAAAAGUUUCACCCACAGGGAGCUGCCCUUCAUCCCCCUGAUGCAGAUCACAUACAACCCUGACAAUUCCAAUGUGCUGCUGGUCAUCAGCAACAACAAUGAAAUGUGGCUCUCUGAAGAUUUUGGCAGCAACUGGGAAAAGGUCCACAGCACAGUGUGUCUGGUGAAAUGGGGAGGGAAAAAUACCAUCUUCUUUACAGCCGGCCUCAAUGGAUCCUGCAGUGAUCGGGGAAUGCUGGAACUCAGGAGGACGACAGACUUUGGUAAAACCAUCAAGACUGUGGCCAGUAAGAUCUACUCUUUUGGCGUGGGUGGACGAUUCCUCUUUGCCUCUGUGAUGACGGGCAAGGGAACUCUGAGGAUGAUCCACGUAUCCGUAGACCAGGGUGAGACUUGGAACAUGGCCCAGCUGCCUCCUGUUGGCCACGAGCAGUUCUACUCCAUUCUGGCAGCAAAUGAUGACAUGGUCUUCAUGCAUGUCGACGAGCCGGGGGACACGGGCUUUGGCACCAUUUAUGUAUCAGAUGACAGGGGGACUGUGUACUCCAAGUCACUGGAGCGGCACCUUUAUACCACCACAGGGGGUGAUACAGACUUCACCAACAUUACCUCGCUGCGAGGAGUUUUCGUCACCAGUGUUCUGGCUGAAGGCGACUCUGUGCAGUCGGUGGUGUCCUUUGAUCAGGGAGGGGAAUGGGUUCCCUUGAGGAAACCUGCCAACAGCAAGUGUGAUGCUACUGCCAAGGACCCAGAAAAGUGCAGUCUCCAUAUCCACGCAGCCUACAGCACCGCUAUGCAGCUCAACGUCCCCAUGCUACCUCUGAGUGAACCCAACGCUGUGGGCGUCAUCUUAGCUCACGGGAGUGUUGGUGACGCCAUCUCAGUGAUGAGGCCUGAUGUGUAUGUGUCUGACGACGGAGGGUACACAUGGAUAAAGGCCCUCGAUGGGCCGCAUCACUACGCCAUUCUGGACUCUGGAGGGCUCCUGGUGGCCGUGGAGCACAGCCCCACUCAACCUAUCCGCAAAAUCAAGUUUUCUACUGACGAGGGACAGUGCUGGGGUGUGUACAACUUCACAGAAGAACCCAUCUACUUUACUGGGCUGGCCUCCGAGCCGGGAGCUCGCUCUAUGAACGUCAGUAUCUGGGGCUACAGAGACUAUCUCCUCAGCCAGUACUGGAUCUCCAUCACCAUUGACUUCAGGGAACUUCUCACCAGAGAUUGUGAAGACAAGGACUAUGUGCAGUGGUUGGCCCACUCGGAUGACAUCAGCGACCCCAACGAUGGCUGCAUGCUGGGCUACAAAGAGCGGUUCCUGCGUCUCAGAAAGGAUUCUGUUUGCUGGAACGGACGAGAUUACCAGGUCAACACCCAGCCAACCCCGUGUCUGUGCACCCUGGAUGACUUCCUGUGCGAUUUUGGAUACUACCGUCAAGAGAACAGCUCGGAGUGUGUGGAGCAGCCAGACCUGAAAGGAAAAGUGCUGGAGUUCUGUCUGUAUGGCAAAGAGGAGCAACUGCAGACUAAUGGCUACAGGAAGAUCCCUGGUGAUAAGUGUGAGGGGGGAAAGAUGCCUGAGCGUAAAGAGAUUGACCUCAGUAAGAGGUGUGUGAGUGACCUGGUGGGCCCAGAACUUCUGAUAGACGGUCACUCCUCCAAGUCUGUACCCAUUGUGAUAACGAUCGUCAUCGUCAUGCUGCUGAGCAUCGCAGCUGGAGUCUUAUUUGUCAAGAAAUAUGUCUGUGGCGGCAGGUUCUUGGUUCACAGGUACUCUGUGCUACAGCAACAUGCGGAGGACAAUGCUGAGGGGAUAGACGAACCGCUCGAGACCAACCACACUCAAAAUGGCAAGAUAGUUUUUCACGACGACUCGGACGAGGACCUGCUUGAAUAGCAGGCACAACCUGUAAUGCAACUAAGCAACAGGUUUCCAGUCCUCCUCAUGGCCGCCUGCUGCACCUGAAUCCCUUUCGUCUUCAGCUACUUGUUCCUUUCAUCUUCUCGUAUGAACGUUGGCCUCAGCUACCAGACGAAGAGUCUGCGUCUCCCAUCUGUGAAUUAUAAUGAAUGUACAGAGGCGUCCUGGGACUAAAGCACAGUUGAGGACAACUAAUAUCUGUGCUUUAGUUUUGAUUCUAUUGCUCCAGUUUGAAUCAACCAGUUAAACAAAGAGCUGAUGCAGUAAUUUGAACUGCUGAUUAAUGGGUUUUGAAACAAAGCUAUUUGUAUAAAUCCACCACCAUUGCAUUACAGGUCCUGCCUCUUUUAUCACCUGGGAGUGCUCCUGGAAAUUAUACUUUUCACCUCUGUUGAAGGUCUGUAUCCUUUUUUCUCAUGCACUUGUACAUAAACCUGUUAGUUUUUCAUCAUUUUUGAUGUGGUAUCCCUUUGGAAGGUGUUAAAAGGAUUGCUGUUGGAAGCUGGUAAAUAACACCAAACCAAUCUAGGCUAUAUCCCCACUUUUAAUUAAGUAUUUGUGUCCUGGCAGCCAAUAAUAUUAAAAUUUUAGAGCCUCCUCUCAUGGCACUGAUUUGUGAAAUCCCUUGUUUUUUAGUCUGUACUUGGAAAACAAGCCUGCAUACUUUUGGUACUCUGAUGGCGCCAAGAUCCUUGGUCAAAGUAAUAAGACUAAGUGAAAAUUUUCAUUUGCGUUAGAUUUGAUAGCAAUAACAUGUUUAGAUCCAGUAUGUUGUCCAUUGAGAUUAAAUAAUCCUUUUGGCAAAAUCUCUAUUUAAGGUCUCCAGUCGCUCCAUUCGAUGAAUGGAGACGUUUUUUGCGUGAACACACAUUACUUGUCAGUGUAUUGGGUAGUUAAGUGUGUCUGUUUCAAGACAGGAUUCAGUAGAAACUACAUGUCUGCAGUUCUAACUGCCUGAAGCACAAUGUCCUUUAUAUUCUAAGAGUUUGUAGUUUAACAAUCUUCCUAAAUGUGACCGUAUGGUUAAUGUGAUAAUGCUGUAAUAAUCACUGUUGUGUUUAUAAUCAUCCAAGCAGUUUUUGUACUAAUUUUUGAACUUGCGUGGCGAAUGACAAAGAUGUUUUGAAAAAAAAAUGACAGAAAUAAUAAUAGUUUGAUAGUGAAUGUCGACAAAUAUUUUUUACAACGCAUUCAUUAGUGUAAUUUGGAGCAGUGUGAGUGUGGGGGACAGUUCAAUUAUGUAAAUGUUGUAUAGCAUAAAAACAUUGCAUCUUGUUUGUAAACAGAUGUGUUUGUAUAAGCUGCAACACCAGUAGACUUGAUUUUUUUAUUUUCAAUCUGAGGUGAACCAAAUUCUCUAAAAUAACAGGGUUAUUGAAAGUCUCAUCUGCUGUUUUGUUUUUUUAAAUCCUGCUGACUUUACUGUCAUUUUGAAGGUAAAUGUGAUUGACCAAUGUCUCACAAUAAUAAUAAUAAUAAUAACACAUCAGUCUUAUCAUGUCGAGUCUUACAGGGGUUUCUUUUUCUUCUGCUUUUGAAACAUUACUUGCAUCAAUCAUUUGUGUCUCGUUUUAAAUGUGUUGCUUUCAUGCAGGUUUUAUUUAUUUGUGACUAGCAGGUUCAGAGAGCAGAUGAACUGAAUGUGGUUACACAAGUGCCUGGUGUGACGAUGUGAUGCGAGUCUCUCCCAAUGUGUGGCCAGCAUCUAUUCACUGAAAACUAUUUAUAUCGACUAAUGUGUAACCAGUUGCAUUCAAUAUGUCGGUGACGCCCCUUCGCUGCACUUGUUGCCUGAGUUGAAUCGAAGAGCAGAAAAGAACAUGUCUGUUUCAUAUCGGCUCCUUUUGAACUGCAUGUAAACUCUCAAUAAUAUUUACUGUAAAUCCACAGCGCUCUGUAAAGAAAGUCUGGAAAGCCUCCAGUAACCUGGUUAUUCUCUCUUCUGUGUCUUGGUGGGAGACUGCAUUCUGGCUGAGUCAACUCAAAUAAACAAAACAGUGAAUACAGGGUUAUUAUUCAGCUGCUAUACACUACUACUUUAAUGAGGGUUUAUUGCGUUGAGGGAAGGUAACAUUUUUUCUUACAGUUGAAAACUACUGUAUAAAUAAGUCUUUGUGAUGGUUUUGUAAAUAUACAAGGUUUGCAUCUUUGUAUCUGCGAUGUUUCUCUCCUGUAUAUUUGAGGCAGUUUUACUUGGGUUUGCCAAUAAAUUCAUAUGUUCCUCUAA